AUGUGGCUCGGCGCGCGGCCUGGCGGGGUCGGAAGCAGCCGCUGGCCUGUCCCUGUGCCCGCGGGGAGUGUCGGCGUCUGGGCUGCGGCGGGGCUCAGUCCGUCCGGGGCCGCGAUGGUUUAAAGGCCCCGGGCCAGCCACGUAUCCGGCAGCAGCCAUGAACCUGCUGCCGGCCAACCCGCACGGCAACGGGCUGCUGUACGCCGGCUUCAACCAGGACCACGCCAUCAAGUCUGAGAAGAAUGCUUUGGAACCAAAGUCUGUGACCAGAAUUUUCAAAAGUGGAUGCUUUGCAUGUGGAAUGGAAAAUGGAUUCAGAGUUUAUAAUGCAGAUCCUCUCAAAGAAAAAGAGAAACAAGAAUUUCUAGAAGGAGGCGUUGGCCAUGUUGAAAUGUUGUUUCGGUGCAACUAUUUAGCAUUAGUUGGUGGAGGGAAAAAGCCAAAAUAUCCACCUAACAAAGUGAUGAUCUGGGAUGAUCUGAAAAAGAAGACAGUUAUUGAAAUAGAAUUUUCAACAGAAGUCAAAGCAGUUAAAUUGCGAAGAGAUAGAAUUGUGGUAGUUUUGGACUCGAUGAUUAAAGUUUUCACAUUCACACACAAUCCCCACCAGUUGCAUGUCUUUGAAACCUGCUACAACCCUAAAGGUCUCUGUGUCCUUUGUCCAAAUAGUAAUAAUUCCCUUCUUGCAUUCCCUGGAACACAUACUGGGCAUGUGCAGAUAGUGGAUCUGGCUAAUACAGAAAAGCCUCCUGUAGACAUACCAGCUCAUGAAGGAGUCUUGAGCUGUAUAGCUUUAAACCUGCAGGGAACAAGAAUUGCAACAGCAUCAGAAAAAGGGACUCUCAUAAGAAUAUUUGAUACUUCAUCAGGGCAUUUAAUCCAGGAGUUACGAAGAGGUUCCCAAGCAGCUAAUAUCUACUGCAUUAACUUCAAUCAGGAUGCUUCCCUAAUUUGUGUAUCAAGUGACCAUGGCACGGUGCAUAUUUUUGCUGCAGAAGACCCCAAAAGGAACAAGCAGUCUAGUUUGGCCUCAGCCAGCUUCCUCCCCAAAUACUUCAGUUCCAAAUGGAGCUUUUCCAAAUUCCAGGUUCCCUCAGGCUCUCCAUGCAUUUGUGCCUUUGGAACAGAGCCAAAUGCUGUCAUAGCAAUAUGUGCAGAUGGUAGCUACUACAAAUUCUUAUUCAACCAAAAAGGGGAAUGCUCAAGGGAUGUCUAUGCUCAGUUUCUAGAAAUGACUGAUGACAAGCUUUGACUAAAUUGAGGAAGAAAGUGUUUUGGUCAAAGUACUGCCUUGGUUAUUCUGCUUCUUUAGAAGGACUGGGUACGUAUGUCCAAUACUGAUCAAGAUGUGUAACAGACCUCAUUGAGAAGCUUGGCCCAUCGUGAGCAGAACAAGCGCUGAUGUAGAGGACUUCUGCCUAUGUUAAACUCGUAUGCUGUUUUUUUCAGUAUCAGAAAAAAAUUGGGUUUCUGUCAAAUCUUCAAGAAGUGGCUUUCAACAGCUUGUGCCUACAGGGUCUCUUUUUAGUUAAACUGUGAAAUUAGAGUGCAGAUGAGUGCCUGCCACAUGUCUGAGGUGUUUUGUACAAACUUCAGGCAAGGAUGUGAACAUUUUAUUUCAGGCAUCAUAUGGCAUCAUAUUACAUCACUUACACUGAACCUCGCUGUGGGGGCAGGAAAUAACUGUAAAUACUAGGUAACUAGAAUAGUUAUACCAGCAGCUUGCCUUAGAACAGGAGGGAUUUAUUUCCCCUUUCACACACCUUAACAUGCAGAAGGAAAGAGAGGACACAGGUAGCUAUAAUAAACCCAAUCUGAACUGCACUUGCCCUCUGGCCUGGAGUGUGUUGCAGUUGUCUUGUGGCCAUAGAUUGUCAGUCCUGUACACACUGACACUCUUGGUUAAGUUGAAUUAACUAUCAGCACUAAUGUAAUUUUCAGUGGUGCCAAACUGUAUAUAUUAGAGACACAGGCACAUUUAGGUACUGCUGAUGUGGUUAACCACUACUCAGCACAUGAAGUAAAUUGCAUAGGAUACUGUGGCAAACUAAGUUCAUGUUUGAAGGGGAGGCUGCUGCUUCUAUAAUGAAACACAUCCAUUCCAACUAAAAAUUUUAAGUUGGUAUUUUAGAAGCAAUCCAAUGCAUCUGUUAAACCAACUCUCUGGGCUUCAACCAGAAGACUUUACAGGCCACUUAACACAUAGUUUAAAGUAGGUGAUGUGAAGUACACCUUGUGAUGACUCUAAAUCUGCAAAGCAUUUUUGAAGUGUUUGCAUACUGAAUGGUAUUUGCCUAGGUGCAGUUAGGUCAAAUCAAACAGCUAUCACCCGACUUGCAUCCAUUUCUCUCCCCCCCCCGCCCCCGUUGAU